AUGGCUGAGGACCUCUCAAUCUCACCAGAGCCAACGAAACAACAACUUGCAAUAAAAGGUGCUCCCUUCGAACCAACGGGCCUUGAAACAUUAAGAUUGACUUAUUUCGAGGCGUGUUCACAAAAAGGAAAAGAGAAGAAUCUCCAAAGCCUUUCCUCCUCUGGAGUGACGAGUUACAAAACCGAACACGCGGUUAUUUGGAGUGGAUCGACGGCUCAUGCCGGGCUCGUAACCGCUAGAAGCGACGCACAUCCGCUUGUACGGGGCAAUGGAGAUUCAUUCAAAAUCAACACUUGGGGUAUCGAGUACAUGGCUAUAUUAUUAUGUCGAUCUCCUGGAGUUGCUGCCAGCUCUGCCUCACCACUACCUUAUCCACAACCCCAACCAGGCCCGCCCACCUUCCCAGGCUUGCUGCAUGUACGGAGUAUAACGGGCUGCUGCUCCCGCACACGCACACAAAAGAAACACAAGGCAGGCAAGGACAAGAGCAUGUAUCUGUAA